UCCUCACCUCCUAAGCUCCACCUCCAGCUGAGUUUUCUAAUCGUGUUCUUCCGGUCGAGGCCUCCUCUUUGCCUUUUCCUCCGCCAUCGUGUGUCGUUCUCCUGAGUUGGCUUCUCACCAUGUCUUCUCACAAAACUUUCAGAAUCAAGCGAUUCCUGGCCAAGAAACAGAAGCAAAAUCGUCCUAUUCCUCAGUGGAUUCGGAUGAAAACCGGUAACAAAAUCAGGUACAACUCAAAGAGAAGACACUGGAGGAGAACCAAGCUGGGCCUGUAAGGAUUCAUACAAUCAAUGUCAGGACUUGAGAGUUUGUACUGAAUCAUGAUCAAUACCAUGUAUGCUGCCAGAUGGAGUUCAACAUUGUUAAUCGGGAGACUUGUUCAUGCUUAAGCUGGGAAUGGUUUUGUCCUGUAAUAAAAAUAUAGAGCCUUUCAAA